AUUAUGGCUUCUUCCUUGCGUACUGAUCCAGCCUUCCUUCGCACAUGUGUUCUCUACGAGGUGUUCAAGCUGAACACAUUUUCUCAGGGAUUCGCUAACUUCUGCAGCACGUUCGGAAACGACAUCAUGCAUAAUCGGGAAUUCGAGUUCUGGCACAGACGUUUUUACGACGGAAAUCACGAUUUGGGUCUUGAGAUCAGCUCACAAAAUGCCAUUGACCACGAGCUCGAACGUGCAAAGAAUGGGCAAAUCCUGAGAUCGGAUCCGUCACGUUCUGAGAAGAAAGCAAAGCACUUGGAGUUCAUUACUUCUCCUCUGUGCAAAGAUCCGGAAUUCGUUCGUUCUUGCGUCCUCUACGAAGUUUUCAGUCUGAAAGACUCUACCCAAGGAUACAAAGAUUUCUGCGAUGCUCUCGGAAACGAGUCUAUGGGCGUCAGAGAGUUCGACUUCUGGUGGAAUCGAUUCUACAAUGGUGAUCAUGAUUUGUGUCUCGAUAUGACUGCCGCAGUCACUUUGGGAAGGCAAAUAUAUAAUAAGCUUCAUCAAAAUAAAUUGUUAGUUUUGUAGCUCCGGACAAGACGAUGGCUUCACAAAUGAUGGAGAGGCUGAAGAGACUUCGCAGCUUCAACGUGUUUCUGGAGAUUCUGUGGAAUGAAAUACUUGCAAAUUUAUGAUGAUUACGGUGAUUUUUCGGAUGAGGAGGAGCACGUGCUGAAGAUGUGCAAAUUCGGAGAGCCUGCUAUCAGAGAGUUCAUUGUCGCGAACUUUUCGGCUGAAGAGAUCGUCGAUUUCAGAUCUCAACUUCACGAUAAUCUGGAAGAAUACGAAGAGAAGAACAAGCCAUCUCUCAUCAAAAAGCUCGUCGGAAAGAUAAAAGGGAUCGGCGCUCGGAGAGAUGAUGACUCGGAUUCCGAAGAGGAUUCGGAAGAGAGCUCCGACGAGGACUAAAAUCAUUCUUGUGUACAACCCAAACCUACUAACCCGCACAUUAUUUUCUGAAAUAGCUUGCCACAAUUGUAAAUAAAUAUUAGCGCCUG